AUGAACAUAUAUUACGUUAAAAUUUUAAUAUUUACCUUUUUGGUAAAUACAUUAAUAUUAUCCCAUAAUGAAAAUUGUCAAAAUAACCAAUAUAAUAUAAGCCUCAUAAAAAACAACACACAAAGAACAACGAUAAAACCAAGACUCUUAGCACAAACCAAAAACCAUAAUCCACAUUAUCAUAAUGAUCCAGAACUCAAAGAAAUGAUUGACAAAUUGAACAAAGAAGCAAUAAAAAAAUACCAAAAAAUUCAUGAACCAUAUGAACAAUUGCAAGAAUUAGUAGAAAAAAAAGGAACAAAACCUGUAGGUGAACAUGGUACAGAACCUAUGUCAACGAUAGAAAAAGAAUUAUUGGAAACAUAUGAAAAAAUGUUUGGUGACAAAAAGGAUAUUAUGUUAAAAUCGGGUAUGCCCCCAAAUGAUGAUGACAGAUCAGACAAGUCAAUAACAUGUGAAUGCACUGAUAUUAAUAAUCCAGACUUAACAAAAGCAAAAAGCAAGGAUAAGUAUUUAAAACGCUUAAAAGAGGGAUGUACCCGUGGUAUAUGUACUUGCUCAGUCGGUAGUGCAUUCUUAACAUUGAUAGGUUUGGCCGCUGCAAAAAAGGCCGCCGUUGCCGCCUUUUCUGCACCUUAUGAUGCUUGUGUAUCCUCUACUUCACUAUUUUAUAUAUUUGAUUCUGGUACUCUAGCUUCUGCUCUUAAAGUAGGAAGUACAUGUGCUUCCGUUGCUACUGAUAUGGCCGGAACUGUUUCGAGUGCUGCUACAACAGCUAUAAUCCCUUUUUCUAUUUCUAUUUAUGUCCUUAUCGUUAUAACAGUCUUACUUAUAAUCUUGUACAUAUGGUUAUAUAGAAGAAGAAAAAAUUCAUGGAAGCAUGAAUGCAAGAAACAUUUAUGCAAAUAA